AUGGCCAGCUUCGCCUUGACCAUCGUCAGACAUGGGGAGACACGCUACAACAAAGAAAAGCUACUACAGGGGCAGGGUGUAGAUGAGCCUCUCUCUGAUAUUGGCUUCAAGCAGGCCGAUGCUGCUGGCAGAUUCCUCAGCAGUGUGAAAUUUACUCAUGUCUUCUCCAGUGACUUGAUUCGAGCAAAGCAGACCGCUUGUACCAUCAUGAAGAAUAACCUUCACAGCGAGCAUGGGCAUUGAAAUUAACUAUGACCCCAGACUACGGGAGAGGAAAUAUGGUAUAGCGGAGGGAAGACCUCUAGGUGAGCUGAAAACUAUGGCAAAGAAGUCGGGGGAGCAGUGUCCUUCAUACACCCCUCCAGGGGGAGAGACCUUGGACCAGGUUAGAGCACGUGCCAUCAAAGAAUUCUUUGAGUUUCUCUGCCAGCUGGUAUUGGAUGAAGCAAGCGCCACAGACCAGUCGGGACUCGGUGCUUCAGGCAGAGAAAGGAUGGUAAAUUUUGAUCUUUCCCCCUUCGCUAACCAAGAUAGUGAGAGUACACCUGAUUCCCCUGAUAGCGGUGAUGUCACAGUGGACGCUAACAUCCUAUUGGUGAGCCAUGGGGCGUACAUGAGAAACUGGAUAAAGUACUUUGUUGAGGAUCUUCAUUUUACAUUUCCUCCUGACCUAAAGAAAUCACGAGAACUCUCUGUCAGUCCCAAUACAGGAAUCAGCCACUUUAUUAUCAGCCUGAAGCCGGGAGAGCUCAGUAUACCUGACAUCCGUUGCAUUUGUAUCAAUCGUCAUGAUCACCUUGUGGAUAUUAUUGCAGAUACCAGCCACUACGUUGUAUGA